GAGGGUGAAAUGGAGGAUGUGCGAUUGGACGAAGGAAGCAUCUCUUCAGCAGCUGCCGCCAGUGAUUUCGCUGUUGAUGCCUGCUCGGAAGAUGCCACCGCCCGUGCUGAUAUUUAUGACAAAGAACCCGCAACUGGUACCAAUGGUGUUCUCGUUGAGGAAAUGAGUCUUGUUGGCAGAAGUCAGUUGGAUGAGGCCGAUUCAGCUUCCGAGAAGACGGAUAAUGAGGAGGAGAAGAGGCAUAAGCUGUCACUGGGCCAGGUGGAAAACACAACAGUCAUUCAUUCGGUGAAUGAAACUCCCGAUGAAACGUUCGAAAGAUUGCAGCAGGGAUUACAGAAUGGAACGCUAACCUGUAAAGAAGUGGUUGACUCAGUCUUCAACGUGGUAAGCCUCGAAUUUCAAACUGCCAGAGUGAAACAUAAAUUACCUCAGCUUCCAGGAUGCACUUCUGGGUCUGCAUAA